AUGACUACAACUUAUUGUCCAGAACCAUCUGCAACUUCUGAAACAAGUAUGACUGCUAUCAUUGGACAUAGUUCUAUUGAAUCUGUUUAUACUGAUUCAAGGAACCAACAAGAAGAGACUAACUCAUUUACUACUGCUACAAAUGUGACUCCGGCUGCUUCUAUUACUUCUGCCACCACUGGUCCAGCAUUUACAAACAGUGAAAAUCAACUGACAUCUAAGAACUCCAGAGCAUCUACGACGACUGUUAUUGGAUCCACAAAGGGUAAAGCAGACGUUACUUCAGAAACUGGUACUGCUGUCAGUACUGUCGAAUCUAGAAGACCAGAAACAUCACCAACCACAAUGGUGUCACAAGUUUCCCAAUAUAUUCCUGAGCAAUUAUCCUCAUCAUCGACUGGUGUUACAGUACCUCAUGAAGGUGUACCUUCUCUUGUGUCAUAUGAAGGUAAGGGUGGUACUAUGUACGUGAAAUGGAGUAUUGCCCAUUGCAUUGGUUUAUUAUUAUUCAUGGUAAUUUAA